AUGGCUGCCGGGAAGUUACUGCUCUACGCCGGUCUCUCUCUUUCUCUCUGCGCCCUGGGCAUGCUGGCCGUGGCGAUGUGUUCCGACCACUGGUACGAGACUGACGCCAGGAGGUACCGAGAGCGGUGCCGAAGCUUUACCAGCCGUCGCAAGGACCCGGGCUUCAUCUACAUCCCCAACAACAGCCUGCCGCUGCGGGCCAGCAGGAGCAGCCUGCCCCGCUGGGAGGAGAAGCUGCUGCUGGCCCGGAACCGGCGGCAGCUGUUCGCCAUGAGCGCCGCGGACGAGUGCAACAGGCAGUAUAACUCAACCAACAUGGGGCUCUGGAGGAAAUGCCAUCGGCUGGGCUUCGAUCAAGAAAUUGAAGAUCUCAUCCGGAAAGGUUCCAUUGCAAGGUGCUCCUACAUCAAGUAUCAUUACUCCUCGGCUACAAUACCCAAAAACCUCUCCUACAACAUCACCAAGACAAUAAGGCAGGAUGAGUGGCACUCCCUCCACUUGCGGCGAAUGACGGCUGGUUUCAUGGGCAUGGCGGUGGCCAUCAUCCUGUUUGGUUGGAUCAUCGGUGUGCUCGGCUGCUGCUGGGACCGAGGCCUCAUGCAGUAUGUGGCCGGCCUUCUCUUCCUCAUGGGAGGAACCUUCUGCAUCAUUUCCCUCUGUACCUGCGUUGCUGGCAUCAAUUUUGAGCUUUCUCGUUACCCACGUCACCUGUACAGCCUGCCUGACGACAUCGGCCACGGCUACGGCUGGUCCAUGUUCUGCGCCUGGGGUGGUCUCGGCCUCACCCUUAUUGCUGGCUUCUUCUGCACCCUGGCUCCCUCUGUCCAACCGAUACCCCGAUCCACCUGCCCCAAGUCCCGACAGGAGAAUGGCACCGUCUGCUAAAGGUGGUAGCUGUGAGAAGACCAACUUACAGCCAACUAAAC